AUGGAAUCUGCUGAUGGGUGGACAGCUGAUCUCAGCUGGAGCCUACAGCAGGAGAUGCAGCAGAUUCCACACACUUUCCUGAUCUACUACUGCUGUAAAGGUACUGAUCCACGGACCAUCUCUACAGACUCCAACAGUGUGACUCUAACAGGCCUACAGCCAGACACUCAGUACGUUGCCAGUGUCUGCACUGAAUUACAAGAUGGAGAGAAGACCACAGAAGCAUCUACUACCUUCCACACAAGUGAGCGGCGGAUUGUGCUACUUGGGAAAUCCGGUGAAGGGAUCAGCAGUACUGGAAACACCAUCCUAGGAGAAGAUGUUUUUCCUGUGGACAAUUCACCAAACUCAGUAACAACCCAGUGUGAAAAACACAGCAACAUAGUCAAUGAGAGGAAGAUCACAGUGAUUGAUACCCCUGGCUUUCUUGACCCUGAUCCUCCCAAGGAGUUAAGCAGUGAGAUAUUAAAUUGCAAAAAAUUAAGUUCUCCAGGACCUCAUGCCUUUAUCAUUGUACUAGCAGUUGGGAGAUUCAAGACAGGAGAGUUAGAAGUUGUGAACAAGAUUAAGGAAUUAUUUACGUCAGAGGUUUUUCAGCAUGCAGUGAUUGUUUUCACUCACGGAAGAGACCUGAAGGGAAAGACAAUUAAGCAAUUUGUUGAGGAGAGUAGUAGGGGAGAGGGGGAGACAAGGGUGAGACGAAGUCCACUGAAGGAGCUUGUGGACAAAUGUCAUAGUCGCUACCACGUCGUAGACAAUGAGGACUGGAAAGAGGAACAGGGAGAUAAUAGCAACAAAUCACAGAUAGAGAAGCUGUUUAGAUCCAUAGAGGAGAUGGGAUGGGAGAAUAAAGGGCAUUACACUUGGCAGCAGGAGAGUGAGGCCUAG